UAAAAUGGACAACGGUGCGAAGGAUGCGAAGGCAAUUGGGUGCUCUCGAGCUAUCUCACUCACUGUGACUUGAAUGACGUGUGACGACAUCUUCGUCUUGUUUGGAGUGCGCGCAGGCCUCCGCGAAACCCCAAUCCACAUUGUCCCAGUCCUCGCUUGGUCUCCUCCACGGCCUCGCUCCUUCAGCCCAAGUAGCCGUUCUCGGCACGCCAUUUCCUGGUUUCACUGUGUCGUCAUCCCCUUGUGGUAUGAACCGUGGCGGAUUCCGCAGGCCCCAGCGAGCAAUCACUAACUACCUCUCUGCUCGCUGUCGAUGAUGCUGCGAUUGCGAUUUCUUGUCUCGGAGAUUAGGUGGGUCGAAUCACUCGCCCCAUCUUCGAGGAUUUGGAAGUUGUUGGCUGGGGUUUAGUGAUCCGCAGGUUUUAGAUUGAGGACCAUUCUGACGUGGAUAUUUUGUUACGUGGAAGAAUUUCCCGCUUGCAAAUACAACUUGCAUGAGGGAGAUGAUUGUUUGGAAGUUGGAUCUGGUUUUUCAGAGAUGAAAACGCUCUGCGAAAUUUCGUUGGUGGAACUAAGGUUUGCUGGAGGAGGAUGAUGAGUUCUUUUUUGUUCUGAGGAUUUUCUUUCUGUAUGGUUGCAGGUACGAAGAUGAAGGAAGAAGUGUGCCAGAAUUCAGUUUUGAUCUCUACUACAACGGGGAUGCAUGCAUCUUUGAAACGACAGCGUUUGGAGAGCAUCGAUCGCUCCUCCAACCUGUACCCAGAAUCUUGCAUGGAUGAGGCCAAUGAUUCGGAGACUUUUGUAUUUGGUGACCCAAGUACAACAGAUGUGUUUCUACACUUACAGCGAGACAAGUGUUCUCUAUCGGAAGAAGAAAACAAAUCUGAAGAUGUUACGGAAGACAUAGCUGAAGUCCGUGUCCAUGUUCAUGUUUUGAAACAAUGUCGUUACUUCGAUGCGCUCUUCUCAGACAGAUGGCAGGAUCAACCGCGGACGUCAACACAGGAAGGAAGGAGGGCUUCUAAAUUCAUCCACAUAAAUCUCAGCGUUGCUUCCGGACGGUCCGUAAGCUCUUACAUAGCAACAUUAAAACUUAUGUAUACACACGAUUUUGACGGGACUAUAUGUGAUGUGGAAAGUGCUUUAAGUAUCCUUCCCGUAGCAGCAGAGCUUCUAUAUGAUCACUGUAUUUCUGUCUGCGUGAGAUUCCUGGAAGCAGUUGCGUGGAGUAGGGAAGAAGAACGGCAGAUUGUUCACCUUGUAUCAUAUUUACAACUUGAAGAGUCUUCCGCACUGCUUGCAAGACUUAGUCCUGUUAAGGAAACUGCAGUUGUGGACAUGUUCAAUGGGCUGGUAUAUGCAGCUACCCACAACCAUCAGAACGGCGCCAGUGUGAAGGCUUUUGUAGCUCAAUUCUUGAGUGGACACGCCUCUAGGGACACACUUCGGCAGGUUUUGGACAAGGCGUUUGCUCUUAGUUUGAAAACUGUAAAGGACUCUGUAGAAGAGUACGCCAGCCCUAACGUGAGGGGCCGCCACGAUGAAAUCGAAGCCCUCCAGAGACAAAAUCUUCACACUGCAGUCGUCAAAGGAAAGCAUUUGUUUUGGAUAGUUGAAAGAAUGAUAGAACUGAAGGUUGCAGAAACCGCAGUUGUAGAGUGGAGUGAGCAAGGAGCAUUCGCAGCGAAUUUAAAACGUGCAUUCAGUGAUGACACCUGGAAAAAUAUUGCGCCUGGCCUCUCUUCUCUUGUGCUUCGCUGCACCUGUCGCUUAGCGAGUGCUGUUGCUUGUGGGUCUAUCAUUGCCUCGCAGCAGGUACGUCUGAAGUUGGUCAAGGACUGGCUGCCUGUGUUGGUUGUGUCUCGGAACGUGUCUCGGGAUAACCAAUUAUCUGCGGUUCAAAACAAGCAGCUCCAUCAAGAACUUGAGGACGUCUUCUUGAAGAUCAUUCUCACCCUACCAAUGUCUGAGUCUCAGAAACUCCUGCAGCAGUGUCUGAGCUUCGCCACUCAAAACUUGGAAGACUGUCCGCACCUCGUGAAUGCUUUUAAUGCUUGGUUCCGAAGAGCAAAUCGACCUCUUGCAAUGGAAAAAGGAGAGGUGGAGUCAGAGGGUUGUUGAACCCAAUUCUUCGUAGGCAAGGCUUCUGUAAGUUUGCAGAUAGAACCUGACCCAGGUUAGUCUUUGCUCGCAUUACUUCUGAGGUUUGUCGGAGAAAUGCAAAGAUUGAGGGGAAUUUCUGGUGACAUGUUAAGAUCGGGCAUUUCUGGUAGCAUUUAAAGUCCAACAGUUGGCGACGCUUAGAAGUUAGUGAGCCUAUCGUCAGUAAGUUGCUUAGUCUAGUAUAUGCCAAUGAACCAGAUGUACAGAGUCUCUAUGUAUAUUGUUUGUAUAAGGCUUCGGUUGUAGUAACAACAUUGUCAUUCUGUCAUGACCACUCAAAUGAAUGUAGUGUUUGUUUCACAGGUGAUAAACAUUCUGUAGGCUUUCAUGGAUCAGUGCUUAGAACUGUAAAACUGGUCUCCGCUCUGAAUUCCACUCAGCAAGAUUGUGUAAUAUUUUAGUGCUACUUUACUAGAGCAGUAAAAAUGCGUAUGAUAAAACAACUAAAUGCUCAUGUAUAACUGUAACAAUAAUCUAUGUUUGUUGAAUA